AUGAGUAACUAUUCGAUCAUAGUUCCUCUACCAGCGAAUCUAUUGGAAGACGCAGCGGACCCGGGAUGGAUGAGCAAGGGCGACAACGCGUGGCAGAUGACGGCGGCGACGCUGGUGGGGCUGCAGAGCGUGCCGGGGCUGAUAAUCCUGUACGGCGGGGCGGUGAAGAAGAAGUGGGCGAUCAACUCGGCGUUCAUGGCGCUGUACGCGUUCGCGUGCGUGCUGGUGUGCUGGGUCGGGUGGGGGUACCGGCUGUCGUUUGGGGACAAGCUGGUGCCGUUUUGGGGGAAGCUCAACGUGGCGCUGGACCAGAAGUUUCUGCUGGACCCGGCCUUCAGCGGCAAGUUCCCCUCCGCGACCAUGGUGUUCUUCCAGUUCGUGUUCGCCGCGAUCACUCUGGUCCUCAUCGCGGGGGCUCUCCUGGGCCGGAUGAAUUUCUAUGCCUGGAUGCUCUUCGUGCCGCUCUGGCUCACCUUCUCCUAUACCUUUGUGGCGUUCAGUAUUUGGAGCCCUAAUGGGUUCUUCUAUAAGAUGGGGCUCAUUGAUUAUUCCGGUGGCUAUGUCAUUCAUUUGUCCUCUGGAGUUGCCGGCUUCACUGCCGCUUACUGGGUUGGCCCACGACUCUCGAAAGAUCGGGAGAGCUUCCCACCGAACAACAUCCUUCUAAUGCUGGCGGGAGCCGGGUUACUAUGGAUGGGGUGGACCGGGUUCAACGGCGGAGACCCUUAUGCGGCCAACAUCGACGCCUCCCUCGCGGUACUCAACACCCACGUCUGCACCGCGACCAGCCUGCUGACAUGGCUGAUCUUCGACAUCGUGUUCUUCCGUAAACCCUCGGUGAUCGGCGCUGUCCAAGGCAUGAUCACCGGCCUGGUAUGCAUCACCCCGGCCGCCGGCCUGGUUCAAGGAUGGGCCGCCAUAAUCAUGGGAAUGCUAUCAGGGUCCAUCCCGUGGUUCACCAUGAUGGUGGUCCACAAGAAAUCCCCGGUCCUCCAAAAGGUGGACGACACAAUGGCCGUGUUCCACACCCACGCCAUCGCGGGCAGCCUUGGCGGCAUCCUCAGCGGCAUCUUCGCCGAGCCGCGCCUGAACUCCAUCUACUACGGCGCGUACAACAAAUACGUGGGCCUGUUCUACGGAUUCAGCACGGCCCAAGUGGGGCUCGGCUUCCGCCAACUCGGCGUCCAACUCCUCGGCAUCAUAUUUGUGACGUUGAUCAAUGUCAUCGUCACCACCAUCAUCUGUGUGGCUCUCCAGUACAUCGUGCCGCUACGGAUGACGGAGGAGGACAUGGCCAUCGGCGACGAGGCCGCACACGGCGAAGAGGCUUACGCCAUCUGGGGGCAGGGGGAGAAGCUUGAUAACUCUAAGUAUGACAUUGAGAUGCCUGCAAAGCACAGACACGCAGCUGAAUAA